AUGAUAUCUGUGUCAAGAAGAUUUGUGACAUAUUUAAGAAGUAAAACGUAUGAUAAAAAAUUAAGAAAUAUUUUGGAAUUAGAUAAAAGAGAGAAACAAAAAUUUUUGGAUUCAUUUGACAUGGUGUUAUCAGAUUGUGACGGUGUUCUUUGGCAUGUAAAUGAUCAAAUAAAAAAUUCUGGAUUAGCAUUAAAUCUUCUUAAAGAUGCUGGUAAAACUUGUCAUCUAGUUUCUAAUAACUGUUUACGUUCCGAAAAUGAAUAUUAUGAUAAGUUAACACAAAUCAAUGUGAAAAAUAUUUCUGAAAUAGAAGUUGUAACACCAAUUAAAUCAGUCAUAAAUUAUUUGAAAAAAAUUGAUAUGAGAAAACCGAUAUACACAAUCGCUGAUAAAUAUUUCAAUGAAUUAUAUGAAAAUGUACAACAAUUUGUCAAUGAUUUACCAGUAAAAGAUGAAGUUGGUGCUGUUAUUUUUGAUAUUGAUUUAAAUUUAAAUGUUGCGAAAUUAGAUAGAGCAAAUAAAUAUUUACAAGAACCGAAUUGUUUAUUUAUGGUUGGUGCAUGUGAUUAUGUAAUACCAUUAAAAGAAGAUUUAAAUGUUAUUGGACCAGAAAUAUUUAUAAAUUUAUUAAGAAAAUUAUCUAAUAAAAGACCAUAUGUUUUAGGAAAACCAGGUGUUCUUUUAGCUGAAUAUUUAUUUGAACGUUUUAAUAUUAUUGAUCCAAAACGUGUUCUAUUUAUUGGUGAUAAUUUGGUUCAAGAUAUUGGAUUUGCAUUAAAUAAUGAUUUUCAAGCAUUAUUAGUUCUAUCAGGUGCUUCAAAUAAAGCUGAUGUUCAACAAUUGCCGGAAGUAAAACAACCACAUUAUUUUGCUAAUAGUAUUGUAGAUUUUGUUGAAUUUUUUAAUGGAGUAUUAGCAUUAAAUAAUGAUAAGGAUAAUUUAAUUUCAUGA